AUGCCGGUCCAGUGUCCCUUCGCCAUCCAGGUCUUCCUCGACUCCAGCUGCCCCCGUGGACUUCUCCCCACCUCGUUCUCCCUCCCUGUACUCUCUGUGGCUCGGCCCUCGUCCACCACGUCCCGCAGCCGCGAGUCCCUGAGCUUCUGUCUUCAGUCCUUUUGGGCCACUCCCUUUGCUCAGUUGGCCUGGGGUGGGGCGCCCCCCGCCUCCCCCGCUCCCCCUCUCCCCCUGACGGGCUGGGCUCCCCCCAGCUCCCCUGUCUCCAGAGUUGUCUACAACGGCAAGAGGAACAGCAGCCCCCGCUCCCCCCCCAGCAGCAGCGAGAUCUUCACCCCAGCCCAUGAGGAGAAUGUGCGCUUCAUCUACGAAGCCUGGCAGGGUGUGGAGCGAGACCUGCGCAGCCAGAUGUCAGGCAGCGAGCGGGGCCUGGUGGAGGAGUACGUGGAGAAGGUCCCUAACCCCAGCCUGAAGACCUUCAAGCCCAUCGACCUGAGCGACCUGAAGCGCCGGAACACGCAGGACGCCAAGAAGUCCUAGAGCGCCGGGCCCUCCCCUGGCCUCUGGGAGAUCUGGGUGCCGCCUGCUGCCAGGACCUCCUCUCCUGUGGGCCCAGCUCCUGGGAGGGGAGGAGGCCUUGCUCCCAGUGGGCUGAAAACCCCAGGACCAGGACAGGCAAGAUUGACGGCCGAGGCCUUCCCCUCCUCCCCAAGCCCCCUCCUUUUCUCUUGGGGGAUCUCAAGCUGCCCCUGUCACUAGGAGAGCUUGGCCUUGCCAGCCCCUGCCCUCCCCUGGGCCUGGCUGCAUCUUUGGAGCUGCCUGGCCCUGCCUGCCCCCCAGGACCUUGACCCUGAGCUCCCUCCCCUUUCCCACCACCUUUCCCUGCCCCUACCCCCUACCCCUGGCCACUUGUAGGAUCAGGAAGGAGAUGAAGGGGCCUCUGUUGUCUUCUGUGCUGGUGGGAGUGGGCUGGGUUUGUCCCUGAGGUGUCCAGGAGACAGGACAAGGGCUAUCCCACCCGAGCCCCACGUGGGUUCCCCACUGACCCUUGCUGCUUCUCUGGCCUGGACGCAGGGAGCAUCUGGCCCCCCCAGACCCUGUCCAGCCGGGCCCCUUCCUUCCCUGUGUCAGCUUCCGGAUGGCACCAGAUCUCCCAGCCGGGGACACUGCUAGGCACCUCCUCCAAGGGUCCUGGGCAGCCAGGCCCGGCCCCACCUUGGGAAGGGCAUGGGGCUGCCCUGAGCUGGUGAGGCCGCCCAGUGUGUCCUGCUCCGUACAGUGAGCUGGGAGGAUUUUCAGGGCCACUUGUUCUUCCUGUGCCCUGCAAAUCCAAGUGUCUGUGACUGGAACCUGAGGACCAGUGAAUAAAGGCGAGAUGGCAUUGGUUCGG